UAAUACUAUUCUAAGCGCAUUGAACAUACUUCUUUGAAGAGAAAGGCCUUGCAUUUUCUAAAUUUUUCAGGCCAGGGUAGUCCAAGCCACUUUGACUCAAGUAAUUUGUAUUAGUUUGAGUUGGCUCGUGACUCAGACUAAUUGGGAGUUCUUGCUGGUGGAUGCGCCUGGUACAAUGGCUCCGAACAAGCUAUUAGCUGUUCUGACGGUGUUGUUUUCAUCGUUGCAGAUCUGCUUGGCGUUCCCCAAACCUGGAAUAAAAGACCUGAGCCUUGAACUGGUUAAUCCAUACAAUGUCUCUGUGAAAUGGAUGACGCUGACACUGUCGGAGAACGCCACCAUCGACUUCAAGGGCGCAUGCCACUCGGUAGGUGCGGCAACAGUUCAUUUGAAAUACAGACUACUCAUAACGCAGUGUGCCAGUUAUUUAGACAGACUCGAAGAAAGUAUAGUGCUUCAGGGAGACUUUGGCUACAAUCCAGUGGUGGGGACAGAGUGGGUGGAGAUCCCUCUGGAUUGCACAGCAAGUACGACCGGUAGUGGCGAUCCGUUGCAGUUCACGGAGGUCGCUCCCGAGAGAGCAUGGCUGGAGGAUACCGCAUACCACAACACCUGUUUGGAUCCUGCGAAGAGUGUGAGCGAUCUGAUGGAGGCCGUUCUUCAAGCGCGCACGCGGCGCAGCGCUCCGUUCUACAAGAAAGUGAAGAAGGAGGUGGUGUGCAAGACGACCAAGCGCCAGGUGUUCGCGCUGGUCUUUGCCGCGCAAGCUGACCCCGUGUCCAACGGUGGUGUUCUGAACGUCACUGUAGCUGUACAGGUGGAGAUGAAGAACCGCUGGGGAUACCUGUCUGCGCUCGACUAUCCCAAUCUGGUCUUCUAUGGCAUCAUGACCGCCCUGUACUCGCUGUAUGCGUUCGGCUGGCUGCUUGCACUCAUGUGCCACUACAAGGAUUUGCUGCGUGUCCAGUUGUGGAUUGGCGCAGUCAUUGCCCUGGGUUUGGUUGAGAAGGUGUUGUUCUUCAGCGAGUAUUACCGUGGUAACGCCGAGGGCAGAGAGGGCAUGUCGUUGCUCGUCGCUGCUGAGAUGGUGUCGGCGGGCAAGCGCACACUGGCCAGACUUCUCGUCAUCAUCAUCUCGCUGGGCGUUGGCAUCGUACAGCAAGGACUUGAUUCCAAACUCGUCCCCGUUGUCGGCAUCGGUAUUCUGUACUUCAUGGCCGCGUCGGUCGAGGGUAUUUUGCGCGCCGUGGCCAGCUCCGAGGAGGUCGCCACCACCGAGGGACAGGUGAUAUCGCUGGCGGUCGUUCUGCUCGACGCCUAUAUUAUCACCUUCAUCUACAAGUCGAUCAAGUACACGAUGCGAAUACUGCGCCUGCUUCACAACACAGUCAAGCUCUCACUCCACCGGUACUUCUCCAUCGCCAUCAUCUUCGCCGCGGUCGCUUCCGUGGCGUUCAGCAUGUGGUCGUACUUGCAGUUCCGCUCCUCGGCCUGCAUCAAGGACUGGCAACAUAUCUGGCUGCUGAAUGGCUUCUGGCACAUUCUCUUCAGCUUCCUGCUGCUCUUCAUGAUGGUGCUGUGGAGGCCAUCGGAGGACAACAGCCGCUACGCUUACUCGUCGUCCGCUGAUCUCGCCAGCAACGAGGACAAACCUGAGCAGAUGUCGAGCGAAGGGUUUGAGAGUAUGAAGAUGCGCAAUCUUGGUUAGGGAGUAACGAUACAUUAGUGUGUUUACUUCCCUGUGUCUUGUUGCUGUUCAGCCUUUCCUUUUGGUUUUGACGAGUCGUCUUGUCUUUUCUUCGUUGCAAUAUUCAAUACUACGUACUAUAAAAGCCCAUUAUUCUAACGAGGCGCAUAUGUAACGAUCUCCCAAAAUUGUCUAGUUUACGUGUACCAAAGGUAACGAAUCUCACUCAUUCUCAACGCUCAAUAGGACAGUAUAUGUAUCGAUUUCUGCAUACCGAUUUCUAAUUUAACGACAGAUUUCUCCUCGUGAACUCGUUAGAGUUAGCACUUUGUUAAAUAUUAUGGCUUUUACAGUAUUCAACCAUCACACAGCCUAACUUGAUGAUGAUACAUGGCGCAGUGAACUGGUUUUAGGAGCAUUUCUAUUGUACUGAAAGGAUAAGCAGCAGCUCUUGGCCUGUUAAUCAAUUAAGCAGUUCGACCUCCACCAAUUGCGCUCUCUGGCCGACCUCAGAAUUAUGUCGUUACUCGUGAAGUGUCCGUACUCGCAAAGCCCCUAUAAAAAUGUAUACUGAGUAUGAAUCCAUAUUUUGUAUAGUAUGACAUGCAAAAUCAAAAUGUGCUGUGCCCGUUACGUUCAGCAGUUGAAGGUCCUUGAA